AAAAAAACAAUAAUCAUGACAACCGAAUUAUAUUUGUCAAAAUUCAAAAUUCGACGUUCAUUUCCAAAAGUUCCUCGUGCUAUUAUGUAAUCAAAAUUCUAGUAUGAGUUUGUUUUUAAAAAACCUGCCAAGAUCAUUCUUUCGCGCAAUUGUAUCGUCACGACCGAUUUUUGACAAAGCUACUUCUCUCUUCCCUUCCAUCGUUGCAAAUGCACACCAUUCAGCCAAACUGCCCAUCUAUUCAAUUGGCCGAAGCCAUGCGAGGACCAUCUGCUUCAGUUCGAAUGAAGAACGCAGGAAGCAACACUUGAAGAAGUACAAUUUCGGCUACGAUCCGCGAUAUUCGAAGAAAACUAGCAAAAGUCCAAAAACUUCGGCAAAAUCGUCAAAGACCAAGCAGAAAAUUUCGUCCGGUUCUGUCGAAUGUUCCGUGGAAAAAGGGGAAAUUGAGUGUUCCAUUGACUGUGGGAAGAUAACCGGAGGAGGGCGAAAAGAAGGCUCAAAAAGCAAGUCAAGUUGUUCCACCAAAAAGGACAAGCCGGUCAAAAAGGAAGAAAUCCCGAUUUCGAAAAAACCACCAAUUCCUAAAUACAAGAAAGAAGUGAGUCAGUCGCAACGUUGCGACGUUAAGGCUUUGACUGGCACUUGGGUCAGCAAAAAGUGCAUCAAAUUCGACUUUUCCUGUGGUAAAAAAUGCGCCAAACGUGACACUGCCACAAAACCAGUCAAACUCGAAGAUGAAUAUAAGAAGAAACCCACACUUUUCGAAAUGUGCAAGAAGGCUUCUUCGAAAGAUUUUACACAGAAAGCAAGUAAAGCUAAAUCGACAUGUGCCAGCAAAACUGAAGUGAAGAAGAAGGAAUCGACCUGUGGCAGCAAAACACAAGUCAAGAAGAAAGAAUCAACUUGUGGUAGCAAAUCCGAAGUGAAGAAGAAAGAAUCAACCUGUGGCAGCAAAACCGAAGUAAAGAAGAAAGAAUCAACCUGUGGUAGCAAAACUCAAGUCAAGAAGAAAGAAUCAACUUGUGGUAGCAAAUCCGAAGUGAAGAAGAAAGAAUCCACUUGUAGCCAAGCCAAAGAAGCGAAGAAAUCGCCCAAGCCCUGCUCUGCCGAAGAGAAGAAAGAAGAAAAAGUAACAAAACCUUGUGAAGAAACUGGUGAUGAAGGAAAAGUAGACCAAAGUCCUUUGAUGCAGUGUGUGGAAAAUUGUGCAAAGAAGAAAUCAAGCGACUCGAAGACUAAAUCUUCAACCAAAAAGAAGAACACCAAGAAACCACCACACUGUAAAACGAGCAAACACAAAUCAAAAGAAGGCCAAAAGAAGAAAUCUUGUAAACCAUGCACUAGUAAAAAAGAAGACACCAAAAAAGCAGCUAAAUCGGAAAAACCUUGUAGCAAACCUAAAGAAGCAAAACCUCAUUGUCCCGAAGGCAAAAGUGGAGGGGAAAAGCCUGCAAAUACUUCCCUUGUCAUGGAUAACUACGAUAAAGACAAAAAAUCAUGUGAAGAAACCGACCAAAAAAGCAUAGAAAUGAUCGAGAAAUUGAAGAAAGAGCUGGAAGAGUGUAAAAAAGCAAGACAAAGGGAAAGACUAGAAAAGGCCAAAAAGUGUUUGCCUGAAAUGAAGCUCGAUUCAAAACUUCCACCUCCCAAAGAACAAGAGAAAGAUGUGAUAGGGGGAAGUAAAAGCUUUAUCAAGAAUGUGUGUGAUGGUAUUUUUAACAAAAAUGAUAAGCCACCAAGUAAGAGUCAGUCGGCUCCUGUUGUUAAAAAAACGAAACCCGGGAAACCGGUCAAAAUAAUCAAGAGUGCCGGGUGUACAUUUGACUUGGAUCCGAGUCACUGUGCUAAGAAGAAAGGCGAGAAAAAGGAGAAAAUGGUGAAAUCGAAGAAAGCUUGUAAGGAAGACUCUCCGAAAAGGAAACGAAAAGUGGCACCUUGUAAAUAUGAAGAAUUGAAACCAAAAUCAAGUUGCCAGAAAAACAAGCCGGAAAAGAAGAAAUCGUGUGAUUCUCAGAAGAAAAAGGUUCAGAAGAUAGAUCCUUGCGCAUCCAAAGAAAAAGAAAAGAAAGAAAGUAAACCAAGUUGUUCAAACAAAGAGAGCAAAAAAGUUGAAAAGAUAGCGCCAUGUGAGAAGAAAGCCGAGAAGAAAUCAUCAGAAGUGAAAACAUCUUGUUCAAAGACCAAAAAAGUAGAGAAGAUAUCACCAUGUGACAAGAAAGCCGAGAAGAAAUCAUCUGAAGUAAAAUCAACUUGUUCCAAAACUGAACAAAAGAAGAAGAUAUCGCCAUGUGAGAAGAAACCAUCAGAAGUGAAAUCAGCUUGUUCGAAAACUGAGCAAAAAAAGAAGAAAUCGACAUGUGAGAAGAAAUCAUCAGAAGUGAAAUCAGCUUGUUCGAAAACUGAACAAAAGAAGAAAGAGUCUCCAUGUGAGAAGAAAUCAUCAGAAGUGAAAUCAGCUUGUUCGAAAACUGAACAAAAGAAGAAAGAGUCUCCAUGUGGUCCUAAAAAAUCCGAGUCUAAAACUUCAGCCAAAAAAUCAGAAAGUGUAUGUUCCAAAAAAUCAGAAAGUGGGAAGAAGGAUUCUAAAGCAUCGCUCGUUCCUUGCCAAAAAGAGAAGAAACAAGAACCGCUUUGUAAAAAAGGUCAAAAGAAAGGAGCAGACGGGCCACCUGAUCAAAGUCCAAUCAUGCAGUGUAUAGCACUUUGCAGAAAAAAGAAGAAAGCUAAUACACCCCAACAGGGUAAAGGUAUACCACCUCGAGACAAAGGAGACUGUUCUAAAGAUCCCAAAGUCUUUAAAAAGUUAACAGUCUUCAAUGAAACACUCACUUGUAAAGAAGAAACAGACGAAAUCAAAAACUUUGUUCCGUGCAAAUAUGAAGAUAUCAAGCCGGGGAUAAGAAAAGUUGACGAUUGUGAAUCGGAUGGACAAAUUUAUAAACAGUUUGUGUCUGAAGAAGAAAAAGCCAAAAAUAUGGUUUGUCCAAAAUUCGAAAAUCCAUGUGAGAAAGAAGAAAAGAAGGAAGAUUCUUGUAAGGAGGAGCUGGUGAAGAGAGAUCCAUGUCAAAAGACGAAGAAUGAUUUGGUGGUUGCAAAAGAACCGUUAUCUUGCAAAGAAAAUGAAGAAACGAAAGAUUUUACUACAAGCAAAAGCGGAAACAAGUUGCCAAAAAUGACGACUGGAAAAGUUGUGAAGAAAAGUGUAAGUACCGAAAGCAAAAAAGAGUUAAAAUCAAAAUCAAGUGACCCACAACUAAAAAAACCCAUUGUUAUUCGUACAAAAAUCAAAGUAAAAUAUCAAAGCUCACUUAAGUAUGAAAAAUUCAAGUGCAUGCCUGAGGAAAAAAAGAGGAAAAUAACAUCGUCAAAAACGUUUGAUGCCGAAACUGAAAAUGUGUUGCCUCUUCUUAGGGUAAAAUCACCUCUCUUUAAGCCCAAGGACUGUAAAGUCGAUUUAAAAUCGCAACUGUCGAGUACAGAAGCACGCAAAAAUGAAGAAAAGAUUGCCAAACGGUAUUAUCCAUGUGGUGACCAGAAGAAAGAAAAACAUUCUAGUGCUAGCGAAAAUAAAGGAGGUGAUGAAGAAAAAUGUGAAAAAACCGAAGAAGUAGCAAAAUGUCCAGAUUUUGAAAAUGAAAAGAAACAAAAAGAUUCCAACGCUAGUGAAAAUAAAGAAAGUGAAGAAGAAAAAUGUGAGAAAUCACAAGAAAAUACAACAUGUCCAGAUUUUCAAAAUAAAAAUAAACAAAAAGAUUCCAGUGCUUCUAAAAAUAAAAAAAGUGAAGAAGAAAAAUGUGAAAAAACCGAAGAAGUAGCAAAAUGUCCAGAUUUUGAAAACGAAAAUAAACAAAAAGGUUCCAUUGCUUGUAAAAGUAAAGAAAGUGAAGAAGAAAAAUGUGAAAAAAACAAAGAAAUAGCAAAAUGUCCAGAUUUUGAAAAUAAAAAUAAACAAAAAAAUUCUAGUGCUUGUGAAAGUAAAGAAAGUGAAGAAGAAAAAUGUGAGAAAGCACAAGAAAAAACAACAUGUCCAGAUUUUGAAAAUGAAAAUAAACAAAAAGAUUCCAGUGCUAGUGAAAGUAAAGAAAGUGAGGAAGAAAAAUGUGAAAAAACACAAGAAAUAAUAAAAUGUCCUGAUUUUGAAAAUCCGAGCGAAGAACAAGAAAAUGAAACAGUGCAACCUUGUACGAACCUAAAACCUACCGAAACACCUUACAGCGUACAAGAGGGAACAAAAUGUCCCAAAUUUCCAAAUCCUUGUCCAGAUUUAUGCAAGGAAGACGAAAAAAAUAAAGAUAGUUGUAAUGAAGAAACGAAAGAAAUCAAACGUUAUAAUCCUUGUGAAAAAGAUGAAAGCGAAACCAGCACUAAAGAAGACAAAAAAAUUCAACGAUAUAAUCCUUGCAAAAAUGAAGAAAGCAAAACUACGUCUAAAGAAUCAAAAAAGGAAGUUAAGCGUUUUACCCCUUGUAAAAUAGAAGACACCAAAUCAAGCAGUGACAAAACUCGAAGAGAAAGAAAAUCUUUUGUUCCUUGUAAAAACGAAGAAAGCAAAUCGAAAAUUGAAGAACGAAAGAAGGAAAUCAAAAGAUUCAAUCCUUGUAAAAAUGAAGAAAUGAAAUCGAGUAGUGAAGAUCGUAACAAAGAAGUUAAAAGAUUUAAUCCUUGUAAAAAAGAAGAAAUGAAAUCGAAGAGUGAAGAUCGUAACAAGGAAAUUAAAAGAUUCAAUCCAUGUAAAAAUGAUGAAAUGAUGUCUAGGAGUGAAGAACGUAAUAAAGAAGUUAAAAGAUUCAAUCCUUGUAAAAAUGAAGAAACGAAAUCGAAAAGUGAAGAUCGUAACAAGGAAGUUAAAAGAUUCAAUCCUUGUAAAAAUGCAGAAAUGAAGUCUGGAAGUAAAGAACGUAAUAAAGAAAUUAAGAAAGUUGAUCCUUGUAAAAACGAAAAUAUCAAAUUCAGCAGUGAAGAACGAAAAAUGAAGAUCCAAAAAUAUAAUCCUUGUAAAAAUGAAAAAACAACUGGUGACAAAAAUCGUGAAAAAAGCAAAGAAAGAAAAACUCUUGAUCCUUGUAAAUCUAAAACUCAAAGUUGCAAAACAUCUGAAUCACAUCAGAAAUCAAAAACAAAAAGUCGUUGUGAUAUGUUGGGCGAAAAACAAGCCAAAACUAGCGUAAAAAGCAACUCAAAGUGUCCCAAAUUUAGAAAUCCGUGUCCAGACUUCAGAAAGAAAGAAGAAACUGAAUGUAAAACUAAAAUGAAGAAGGAAGACAAACCAAAAACGCAAAUCUGUGAACAAAAGGAAGAAAAUGUACCGCUGAGUCAAAUACUGAGCAAAGCUGCUAACUCAUCACUGAUUAUUGGGACUUAUGGCAAACAACAGCCUUCUUCCACGCCUAGUAAAGAAAUUCUUCAGAUGAUCGAACAAUUGAAGAAUGAUAUUGAAGAGUGCAAAAGGCUAAAAAUUCGAGACUCUCAAUGUGUUGUUUCACCUAAACUUGAUACUCCUCUUCCAGAAGUGCCAGAACAACCUAAAUCCAUUGUCGCUGGAACUUUAGAUCUUUUCAAAAAUAUAUUUAGUGCUUUGUUCUCGUCGAAGAAGAAAUCUUCGGCUAAAUCAUUACCAAAAAGUAAAUCUGCUGAUAAUUUAAAGAAGGAACAGUCGGGUAAAGAUUUACGAAAGGUUAAAAGUAGCGAUGAAUGUUCAACAAAGAAGGAAAAAGAAGCAAAACCAACAAAAGAUUUAAAGCACAGUAAAUCUGUACCGACCACCUCAAAGCCAAAAAGUAAAGUACUACAAACAAUAUUUUCUGUAAAUGACUGUAAAUAUGAUAUUGACCCACAACAUUGCAAAAAAGUGGACAAAAAGCAAAAAGGUAGUAAAGAAAAACAAAGUACGAAGAAAACUAAGAAACCAAAAUCUGAACCCGAUCUUUGUAAAACAAAAGAGGAAAAGACGGUGAAGAAAACUGGUAGCCUUGAUUGCAAAUUUGACCUAAAGCCCAAACAUUGUGAAAAAUCUGAAGUAAAGAAGAAAGUGGAAAAAGAAGAAAAAGGGGAACAAUCGACUUGCAAGGACAAGAAAGCAAAAAGUAAAGAAGUUAAAAGAGUAUCUCCCUGCGACUAUAAAGAACUAAAAUCAAAAAAUAACAAACUAGCAAACCAGGACUCCAAAUGUAGACCUUGCACCAAAAGAAACACACAGAAAGAUUGUUCAAAACAAAGAUUUGUUGGUCCUUGUAAACCUGGUAUGUCCAUAAAAGGCAAGGAAAAAAAUAAACCAUUGGUUGGUCCUUGCACAUCAACAGUGAAGAAAGGGACGAAGAAAUCGCUAAAAUGUAAAUCUGAUCCUGGUUUGCCAAAAGUAAGCACAGAACAACUAAAGAAGAGUAAAAGCUGUGAUGAUAAUAAAGUGAAGAAAUUCGAUUGUAUGAAAAUAAGACCACUUGAAGAAAGAUGCAGAGCGGAUUUGCAAGAACUACAAGAUCAAAGUCCCAUAAUGCAAUGUAUCGAGUUUUGUAGACUGAAGAAAUUAGGUAAGGUUUCUUCAAAGAAUUAUCCAAAAGGAAGGAAACUUGCCGAGCUUGAUAAAACGAAGAAAGAAUGUAGUGAAAAAUCCGUGAAGAAAAUACAACCGUGCAAGGAUUCGAAAUCAGAAUCAAGCACAAAAGGGGCAUUCAAACAUUUUGUUCCUUGCAAACAUGAAGAAAUUAAAUCAGCUUUGCGGACAAGUAAAGGUAAAGAAGAACACAAACUGUUUGUUCCUUGCAAAUAUGAAGAAAUCAAGUCAGCGUUACGUGGGCCUAAAGGAGGAAAAUGUCUCACUGUUGAAAACAAAUGUCUUCCCAAAACCAAAACUUGCAAACAAAAAAUUGAUCCAUGUCGGCUAGGAAAACAAGUCAUAAAAAUAGAUCCGUGCAAGUCAGAAAAAGAAGAUUCAAAAUGUCAGUCUGAAGAAAAAGCGAAGCAAGUUGUGAAAAUAGAUCCGUGCAAGUUAGGAAACGAAGAUACAAAAUGUCAGUCUGAAGAAGAAGCAAAGCAAGUUGUGAAAAUAGAUCCGUGCAAGUUAGGAAACGAAGAUAAAUGUCAGUCUGAAGAAAAAGCGAAGCAAGUUGUAAAAAUAGAUCCGUGCAAGUUAGGAAAAGAAGAUACUAAUAAAAGUCAAUCUGAAGAAAAAUCAAAGCAGGUCGUGAAAAUAGAUCCAUGCAAGUUAGGAAAAGAAGAAACUAAAAGCUCAUCUAAAAAAAAGAAGAAAGAAGAAGAUCCAUGCCGAAAAGACACGAAAGACGCAAGUCAAAAAAAUCAAGACUCUUGUGUGUUAGUUACGAAACAAGAAAAUGUCAGUCAAGAUGACAAAAUGGAGAAAAACAAAUGUGAAAAAGAAGAAACGGUUGGUGUAAGCUCAAAGUGCCCCAAGUUCAAAAAUCCUUGCCCAGACUUUUCCAAAGAAAGUAGUUGUUCCAAAAGUAAAGAAGAAAGCUUGAAAUGUCCAAAAUUUGAUAAUCCCUCAGGAUCUUCAACGAAGAACCAAGACGAAAAUUUAAAAUGCCCCGAAUGCCAAAAUCCAAAAAAUGAAGAAGAAUGCAUAGAAAAGAAGACGGAAGAGAAGGAAUGUAAGUGUAAGGCGGAUUGUAAGUGUGGAAAAAACAAGACUGACAGGUUCGGAGUCAAAGUAGAUCCCUGUCAAAAAAUAAAGGAAGAAGAAAGUUUGAAGAAAACUGGGACGAAGCAAGGCAAGUGUACGUGUAAGAGGUCUGGAAUAAGAGAACCGAAAAAGAAAGAAGAGGAAAAGGUAAAUUCUGAAGAAAAAACAAAAAGUGAUAGAAACUCGAAGAAGAAAGAAGAAAAGGUAAAUUCUGAAGAAGAAACAAAAAUUGAUAGGGACCCUAACUUCUUUUACAACUAUUGUUUGUACGAAUACGAACCGAAGAAACGAGAGGAAGAAGAGUGUUUACAGGUUGAAGAAACCGAAUCAUCUGAAUAUAGCAAAGACCCAAACCUAUUCUACAACUAUUGCUUGAACGAAUACGACCCGACGAAAAAACACGACUAAUUUCACUUACACUUUAGCACAACUUUUGGAAAUAAAAUGUGAUUGUCUUGUAACUUUUAAUAAAUACAUUUCGCAUUAUUUUUUUUAAUUACCCAAGACUUAUCAUGACUUGCAUCCGAGGCGAGUAAGGGUCUCUGUCGUUGAAAAUGGCUGGAGCGCUUGCUCGAAUCGUGAAAUAAUUUUCGAUGCAAGUUUUCGUUUUAUCGAUGUUGUAAUAAGCAGCAUGGAGGAAGAGGUAGAUGUAUUCGUCUGAAAUGUGUGGUAAGUGGGGUUGCGAAUGCAUCCUGGAACAAAGAAAUAUGAGUUAGUAAACUUGAGAAGUGAAUGAAUUUGAGAGUUGAGGUGCUGUGUUCAAAUUACAUAAAUUGUUGCUUGACAUGUUAAUUAAACGUACUUUCUAUAAUCUGAACCAGAUCGUUAUGUGUUUAAGCGGUUUUCACAGAUAUGUUAGGACGAAGUAAGUUCACAAAACCGUACUCGUAUAAAUUAAAAAAAAAACUAAUGUAAAAAAAAACGCUGACGCAAAACCUCUCUGUGCUAAAUUUUUUAAGUGAUAAGUGUGAUAACACUUCACUUUAUUAUAAUACGAAUAGCUAUAUAAGGGAUAAGUGGCAGCUUAAAACUUUACUUAACCGAUUUUUGGUGUCGACUGUUUAAAAAUGUUCAAAUUUGUGAAGGUUGCUGUUUGUAGUCUACUUAUUAAUAUUAUGGCUGCAAAUGCACAAUUCCAGAUAGACAGUAAGAAAUAUGGUAAUAGCCCAUUUUGGUAUUAGAGGUUACAUACAUUUUUGAAAAUGUACUAUGUACUUUAUUUUUUUGAAUAAAUCGUUUAGCAAU